UGUUUCAAAAAAUCAAAAUAAAUUCGAUGUAAUUUCUUCUCCAAAAAGAAAAACCCUAAUCGAUCAAAUCAAAAUCAGUAAUGGGGAUUGGAGGUAAAGAAUCAUCAACUUCAACAGCAACAUCUUCACUAGCACCAGGUUUCCGAUUCCAUCCAACUGAUGAAGAACUCGUUAGUUAUUAUCUCAAACGAAAAAAUCUCGGAAAACCAUUCAGAUUUUACGCCAUUUCUGAAAUUGAUAUCUACAAAUUCGAGCCAUGGGAUCUUCCAGGUCAGUCGAGGUUAAAGAGUAGAGACCGGCAGUGGUAUUUUUUCAGUGCGUUGGAUAAGAAGUAUGAAACGGGAUGGAGAAGAAAUAGAGCUACUGGUCAAGGUUAUUGGAAAACUACAGGGAAAGAUAGGGCUGUUUGUAGGAAUAAUCGAUCAGCAGCUAGUAUGAAGAAAACACUUGUGUAUCAUUUUGGGAGAGCUCCGCGCGGUGAAAGGACCAAUUGGGUUAUGCAUGAGUAUAGACUUGCUGAUGACCAGCUUGGGAGAAAUGUUCUACAGGUUGGGAGGAGUUCGUUUGUGUUGUGCAGGAUUUUUCAAAAGAGUGGAACAGGACCGAAGAAUGGGGAGCAGUAUGGUGCUCCAUUUAUUGAGGAAGAGUGGGAUGAAGAUGGUGCGGCUCCUGAACAAGAUGAAGUUCUGGCUAUUGGUGGUGGGUAUUCUAAUGGUAGUGGUGAAGAAAACAGUCCUGCUGCGCAGGACGAUGAAGCUGAGAACAUGGAGACCUCACCUUUUGUUGUAGCUGUGUCGUUCAAAAACCUCCUUCGUGACAUUUUGCGGAAAUUCAAGCUAUCCCCACCAGUGUAUGGAUUUUCACAAAAUCAGGAAGAUCAAUAUCAAGCAUGGGUCAAAGUACAAAUUGAUGACAUUGAAAUUGAAGGGGUUAAGUUUUAUGGGGUUUGGUCACAUAUAAGGAAUGAAUCAGAGAUGGAUGCUGCUAGAACUGCUAUUAGGUAUUUGAAGACGAUAUUUGAAUUUGAGGUUGAGGAUGUUAACCUGGAAGAUAUCCGCAUUUGCAAAGACCACUAUGAAAGUGUUGAACAUGAAAAUGAAGAAUUACGUGUAAAGUUGAAGGAGUUGGAGGCCAAGUUGAAAAGUCUUGAAGGAUCAUAGCCUGUAUUUCUGAAAACAAAUAUGAGUUACUGUAUUCGGGAGAGUCUUGGUGAAAGGUAAAAAAAACAACAACUAGGCAGAUUAGGUUAUAAUGUGUUGUCUGUCCCAGUGUAGUAACAAUUUAUUUAAUAUAGUCUUUGCCGAAAAAGCCUUUGGUGCUGACAGAAAACAGAUAAUUUGCAGAGAAAUCUUAAAAGUGUACCAAAAACCAAUGGCUUUUUAUCCCUCCACAUGACCAUUCAGGGAUCUCUUGAUUGCAGUUCUCUCUGUGAACUUCAACUGUCUAUCUGUUCAUUAGUCAUUUAUUUGUACAGUGUUUCUUUUAUUGGUGUUGUUA